CCUUCAUGUCUUCCACCCCAAUUUCUUCAUAUCCUUUUUUUCCCAAUGUUAUUGUCUCUUUCAACCUCCUCAAACCAUAAUCUUCAUUUAAUCAGCUUUACAAAUAUAUAAAUAUAAAUAAUUAAAUAAUUAACAUAUUUUUCUGCUAAACUUUUAAGGUUGUCACAUUUCAACUUAGAAUAACAUCUAAGGUUGCUCUGUUCUUCCGAUCCCAGUCUGACACUGAAAGAUGAGCAAAACAUCGAGUGUCUGUGUGGGGUUGCCGUCGUGCCUGGAGCCGCGCAUUCUCGUGCACAAAAUGGAGUCGACGAAACCGCCGGAGGAAAUUUCUGCAGAGACCAAAGAAUUAAUCAAUGGCGAUUUGGGUAGUGGGUGGAGCUUUAUACAGGCGCUGGGGUCGCCGGAGAGGAAUCAGACGGCGGGGAAGGAGGCGGAGGAGGAGGUGUACGUUCACCCGAUGGUGAAGCGCUCCGCUUCCACUCUGAGCACGAAGAGCUUGGAGAUGUGUACGGAGAGCUUGGGGAGCGAAACCGGCAGCGACAUUAGCGAGAGCGUUGAAGAAUUCUCGUCUCUGUUACCGGAAAAAGAGAAUUCCCCGGCGGCUGCGGCGGCGGCGGCGACCGAGAAGUGCUACAGGUAUCGGGAGGCGUUUUGUUCUUCUUCUUCUUCUUCUUCUAAGAAAUCGAAUCGGACCGGGGUGUUCCCGCCGCCGCUGACGUCAAUCAGCGGCGGCGACGGGGUCCAGGUCAGGCCCCGCCGUGAAGGCGGCCGGUUAGUCAUCACCGCCGUCGCCGUUACCCUCUGCAGCUCCUUCUUCCAGGCCGAAAGAUCCGACGGCCGCCUCAGGCUUUCGUUAAGAAAAACAGAGAAUGAGGUUCUUGAAACCGAGGAAGAAUCAGAGCAUGAGAUUUCCGACGACGACGACGGCAGCGAUAGAGAAGGAGAAGAUCAUAACGCCGGCGCCGGCGCCGAUGAGGUUGUUCCGAUAACAAUCCCGGCCAGCCGGUGCAAGGAAAGUGAGAACAGGAACAAAGAGAUUCAAACCUGGUAUUGUGUCGCCAUUUCCUAAAAUCUUCCUUUCGGAGGAUCCGACGGUAAUUCGAUCCCGUAUUUAGCGCUAUUAUGUUUUUUUUUUUUUUUUUUAAUAAUUAUUUUCUAAAUGGCAGUUAUUAUGGUUAUUGGUUAUGAACCCUAUCCACUAUUCCCAAUAUUAUAUUCUAUGUAUAAAAUAUCCAAUUCACUGUUAAACCUAACUAGCUAAUAUAUAUAGUCAGUAUUAAUUUGUACUGUUAAUUGGUCUUCGAUCUUCAAUUCAUUGCAGAGAAUGGCCAUGGUGGUCCAAUGUCGUCCUAUGUUUGGUCCUUUUUUCUUUAAUCAUUAAGGCUGUACUAUAAAACCAUGUUUCGAUUGGUUAUAUAUGUUAGUUCCAACAGAUACGACGAUGAUGAUUCAAUUAUGUCUUGCAAUUUUACAUGCUCAAACUCAUGUCAA